CUCCCACUUUCUUUCCAUCCAAACAGCUUGAAUUCCAAGAAAGGAAAAUGGGUUCAAAAUCGCUUCUUUUGCCCGGCCUCCUGCUGGCUUGUGCACUUCUCAUUGCCUCGGAGGUGGCAGCAGCCAGAGAGUUGUCUGCAGAGGCUGCUUCCACUUCCAAGGAAAACUCUAAGAAGACAAAUGGGGUCGAAGAAGCCCAGUAUGGCGGCGGGUACAGAGGGGACCCCGGAAGUCUCCCCAAAGGUUACCCUGGCGGGAAUUACUGUCCCUACGGGUGCUGCAGCUGGAAUAAUUACGGAGGCUGCGGGAUCUGCUGCUCUUAUCAAGGCGAGCCCAUGGACACAGGCCCUGAAGGGAAGCCUCACAACUAAAGAAGAAGAAAGGUUUAUCCAAUGCUAGCUAGUAAUUAAUAACGAAUAAAAGAAUGAGUUGGAGAUGUCCUCUCAUGGGUUUAGAUUCAUGCGAAUCCUAAAUGUCAAGUGUGUUUAGUUUUCUAUCUAAUCAACUUAAUUACAUGUUAUAAUAUGCUGUUGGAAAAGUGAAUUCAUCA